AUGGCGUCCUGGAAGGCGGCGGAAUACCAGCCGAGCACCGCCAGCUGGCUGCUGGUCUUCCUCGCCUGCGGCUCUGAGCGUCUGGUGCAGCACCUGAUGCGCACGGCGGGCCUGCGGGAGGCGAUUUGCUGCAGGGGCCAGGUGUUCGACUCCGCUGCCCGGGUCUUCUGCAAGGCCUUCUACCAGGCCCUGGCGGCGCGGUGCGAUGUGGCUGAGAGCCAUCAGGUGGCCCAGGCGGCAGUGCGAAACAGCGCCAGCCUGGGCUUGCAGGGGGAGGCUGACGACAAGUUCCUGUAUCUGCGAAGCGGCGCAGAGCCACUUCCCCGGCCGGCGGCGGAAGGCUUGGGCAAUGUGGCGAAGUGGCCUUCAUGGCGUCCAUGGCCAAGGGUGGAGGACUACGCGGUGUGUCGCCUGCUGGACAGCUGUCGCAUCGCGGCUGCCUUCCAGUCAGAUGCUUCGCACCGGAGACGCGUGGUGCAAAUCUUGGGGGACAUGGGCAUGGGCAAAUCCGCGAUGUGCCGGGAGUUCUGUGGCUACUUCUCAUCACCUGGACGGAUGUUUGCCAAUCGCGCGUUCCUGGUCGACGAGGCAUCGUUCAAGUCCUUCCAGGCCAAUGGCAAUGACGAGGAGCUGGUUGCCACGGCCAUUUUGCAGACCUUGGAGCAGCCGGGCUCGGAGUCUGUGGUUCAGCUACCGGCCUUUGCGAAGACCAUGGAUCUUGCUGGCCCGUGGCUGCUGGCCAUUGAUGGCUUGUCCGAGAUGCCGCACCUUUGCCCAGCGAUUGUGAAGAUCCUUGACUCGCUCCUGAGCCAAACUAGCAGUUUGAAACUGCUCCUAACAUCUCGCAAACGAGUGUCGCUGCGGCCCAGCGGCACUGGGUACAGCGGCUUCGCGGCCAGCAAGGCCGUGGAGCUGUCACUGCAACCGCUGCCGCCGCAGUCGGCAGCGGAGCUCUUUCGCCAGCGAGCCCACAGGGAGUUCUGCACCGCGGACUUCGACGCGUUGGCCAAGGCGGUGCCGGCGGAGGCGCUGCAGAUCCUGCAGCACGGGCCCACCCUGCUGGAGAGGCUGGCUGCUAGCCCCCUGCUUCAUGCGCUUGGAGGCAUCCCGGGCAGAAUCGUAGAAGCCGCCGACCGGGUGGACAGCAGCCUCGCAUCCCUACUGCAGCACCCGAUGGUGCCUUCGGAAUGGACUCAGCACUCCGGCGGUGAUCUGCCAGCCCUUGAGCCUUCACCCUGA